UAAUACUCUCCCAUGGCUGGGGUUUUGCCCCCUAUCCCUGAUUUUUCCACUUCUACUUGACACAUACCUUUGCACGCUCAUGCAUGCCCACGUGGAUUUAGUUUGCAUGGUGGAUUUAGUUUGCAUGGUGGCUUAAGCGUUCGUUAGUUUUAGCCUGCUUUUUAUCCGCACUUUGGACGAUUGUGGAUGACUAAUCAUGCGUAACGGUGAUGAUCUUUUGGGCACAGGAGCCCUGAUUCGUGUUGGAUUAAGAGUCCGUGACCCCCCGCUGCUUCUGGAUCAAGCGCCUGUUUAUUCUCCCACAUCACUUGCACCUGUUUGCUGCCUUUGACUUGCCGGCAUGGAGAGCGAGCUGAGACCCAGGGUGUGCUACCUGGUCCAAACAGAACGAGGGUAUGGAUUCCAUCUUCACGGUGAGAAGAACAAUGGUGGACAGUUCAUCCGAAAAGUAGAGGCCGGUUCCUCAGCCGAGCUGGCCGGGCUGAAACCCGGGGAUCGAGUCGUGGAGGUCAACGGGGAGAACGUGGAGAAGGAAAGCCAUCAUCAGGUGGUAGAGCGUAUCCGAGAAGUACCACAUCGUACCAGACUAUUGGUAGUGGAUCGAUAUACCGACGACUACCUCCAGAGCUGUGGCUUGGAGUGCACAGAGGAUUUAGCCAUCGAGAUGGGAACCCUCUCCCCGCGUCCCUCGCCUGGGCCCACACCGUCAACCUCCCCCGUUUCCCGAGUGAUUUCACCCAAGUCCCCCAAGUCUGACGACACACUUCCUGCUGCAGACUCGCCCGCUCUCGCGUUCCUUCGAGGCAAGGUCAAGAGCUCCUCUUUGACAUCGAGUACUGUGACGGAUACAGAGACGGAGGCCUCGCCAGAACCAGCAAUCGAACUCCUUCCCCGCCUGUGUCAUCUGGUGAAGGGGGAACACGGCUAUGGUUUUAACCUGCACAGCAACAAGGUCAAAUAUGGACAAUUUGUACGCUCGGUGGACCCCCACUCACCCGCCGAGUGUGCUGACAUGCGGCCAGGAGACCGACUGGUGGAGGUAAACGGAGUGAACAUCGAAUGCCUGAGGCAUACUGAGGUUGUGGCACUCAUUCGAGCAGAAGAGCGAGAAGUGCGUCUUCUGGUGGUCGACCAGGAAACAGACGACCUGUUCCACAGACUUGGCAUCACACCCACAGCACGACAUGUGUACAUGGACGAAUCCUCCACAGAAGUCGCCUCAUCCGCGCCUUCGCCCACCACUGAACACCUUUGUACCACAGAAUCACCCAUCGUACACGUCACACUGACGGACACCGCCAUCCCAAACAUGUCCCCCAAACCGCGAGCCAAUGGGAGCUAUGCAUCCCAGUCCUCAACCGGCUCUACCACCCAAUCCGAGAUCAGUAGCUCUGAUAUGAACUUCCAGGUCCCCGAUGAGGACUACAGGCGUGUUUCGGACCCUUUCAUAGACAGUGGUCUUCGUCUGAGCCCCACAGCGGCCGAGGCGAAGCAAAAGGUUCUUGCCGGGCGCAACAGAAAGAGGGCGCCCCCUAUGGACUGGAGCAAGAAACAGGAGAUCUUCAGCAACCUCUGAGUCCACAGAACUGAAAGAAUGCAGACUAUGAUUUAUGAAUUCUGACAUGUCAGCACCAUCAACUUGCGAGUAACUGAAACCAACAAGCAAGUAAAAACCGAACACCUCCAGCCACAGCAAUAUUUUUAAGA